GUGGGUGGCGCCAUCUUUGUCAGCGAAGAACACGCCACGAGAGAAGAAGACACGAGGUUCUGUUGCUCAACAUGGCGGCGGCCAGGAGGCUGAAACGCGUGGUGGCCUCACAGCCAGGUUUUCUUCAUUUAAAAAACACUUCAGAGCCAACAGACUUGGUCAGUAGUCGGAGAAAACGCGUGAAUAAGAAUAAGAAGAAAAAUUGGAACAAACACAGCGAAAUUAACGAUGUAGAAGACUUUUUAGAGGACGUGAGACUCCAGGAGAGAACCACAGGGUGAGUAAAGUCUGUGUUGGGGAGGAUGAUUCCUGGGAAACAGAGGAGAAAAAGCAAUAUUGUAACGUUAGAUAAUCCUUAACCAUUAAAAUAAAACCUUACGAUACAGGACGUUUUGGGAUGCUUUUAGGCUUAGCUGUUAUAACCUGUACUUUGACGUCGUUUAUGUAAGCAUAAUAAGGUUGCGUCGAUAAACAUCGACGUGUCUUUUUAUCUUUGAGGGAAAACUCUUUUCAUGGUUUUGUUUUUAAAGUUAAACUCUAUGGACCUAAAACCCAGUUUGAUUAAAUAUAUUAACUUAACGUAAAUGUACUCUGUGGGUGAGAUUUGGGUGUAUCAUGACCGAAAUGACAAUCUCUGUCUAUUCGACCCGGAUUGAGUUAACGAUAAUUGAUCUUGCUUUUGGCGUUGAUUUUGUUAUGAUGAUAAUUGUGUCGUACAGUGCUUCUAAAAAUAAAGCAAAUCCCAGAGUUCUGCUGUUUGUAGUUAUCUUCAAGAUUUAGAAAUACAUUUAUAAUGGUCGUACAGAUCAGUCUUUAAACCAGGGCCAUUUAUAAUCUGAGUGUGAGUUAUAAUAAUUUAAAGCAGUAAACUUUUAGUUUCCCCUUUCAAAUAAUGUAAAAGAAUGUGAAACAUUACCGUUUGUCAAGAGUAACCACCUGUUAUUUUAACAAUCUUAUGCAAGUAUAUGUCCAUUUCCAUGUGUCUGCAACCUCCAAUCAAAAUAAAUCUUAACAACUGUUUCAAUUAAACCUUUGUCUUUUUAGAAGUUUAGGUGUGCAACUGUACCGAAGGCCUUUAAAGAAAUAUAUUAGAAAUAUUAGGGAGCUAGACCAACAAAAAAUUGCAGAAUGCGUUGAAACAGAUCACUCCACAUCACGAUGCUGAUCCUGGUCAGGCAAGAGAACUUCAUCCACAUCAUGUGAUGUUGCUGCUCCACCGUCUUGCAGAAUACCUGUAGAAGUCACCUGAGGCCUCUUUAAAAUCCACUGAUUGUGCAGUCCUUUUCUUGUCUCAUUUAAGUCUGCACUCAGUGUUAUGUCUCAUGGGGAGACCACAGUUUGCACAUGUUUAAGGCUCCUUGUGUGUAGGUUUACUGUUAAAUAAUUGAUAGUUGUCUGUGUUUCCCCUAGGUUGAGAAUUUACUUGUGGUUGGCCAGGUGGUGCAGGGUGGCGCCAUGGUGUUUGAUAAGUGCAUUCAAAGUAAUCUAGUCAAACUAAGGUUUAUGAACUGUGCGUUAUUUAUUGCACAUACAGGGCUCCAGACGAAAUUGUUUUGCUAAGAGCACAGUAACCCCUAGCUAAAAGUUAGUUAGCCCAAGCAGAAAAUUUAGGGGUGCACACUUUAACUUGACUUGGAAGGCAAGUAAUUCACAUUUACUCUAAUUUUCACUGUAUUACUGAUAAAUAGAUAAUAAAUGCAGAAAUUACAAUGUGCUGUUUUAAAUUCAGUGUCACAUUUUAUUGUGCACUUUUAAAGAUGCAAAACAAACAUAAAACAAGAUAGACAGUGCACUGUUAUUACACUGAGCAAUGAGAAGUUUUUUUUCACACAUGGCAAUUGCUUACAACAACUUUAGACUGCUACAGACUGUUGCUUUGCUAACAACCAGAAAAAACUACUAGAAAAAAACAGCCUUCAGUUGGCUUCAUGUCUUGAAAAGGACAAUCUCUUAGACAAAACUAAUGGUACAAUAACUGAAACUGUGUGAGGAAGAAAACAGUAUAUAAUUAACAAUAAGUUAGAGUAGCUGUAGUGCAACAAUUUGGGUGCGCUUCUGUAUACCAUCCACCAGCAUGUCCUGCAUUGCGCCGCCUUUGUCUGGAGGAAAUCCUGCUGUCUGUGUGUCUGCAUGACCCCGCAUUUUUUAAAAAUCUAUUUUCUUCUUCUUGGGCAGGUGUCAAUGGUUUGGGAAGGGUGGGCCGCCCAAGUGAAGUUUACGUUGGGGAAACACUGGUUGUGUCAGUGCUAAAUCUGAAAUGUUUGUGACCUGGUUUGACCUUUUUGUAUUUCAGGGGUCUACUGUCUGAGAAGCCGGAUGACAGUUUGUUCUUUGUGGAUGUUGGGCAGCCAAAGAAAGCUGAACAGGAGGGUAAAUAUUUCAUCACACAAUUAAAAACAGAAAUCUUGGAAAUGCAGGUAAAACAGCAGGAAUGCUCAAAGAGUUACGUAUCUUAACUACAGCAAACCUCUUGUGGUGUAAAGAAAUGUUCAUCUCAUGUUGACCCUAAAACCAAUAUGUGUUCUCUCUAAAGAAGCAGAACCUCUGAAGGGGAAGAAGGGGAAAGGAAAAGUAUCACGCCCACUGAGGAUAGACCUGAUCCUGCAGUCUGACUCCCUCGUUGCUCCACCUAAAGAGUCAGUGUUAUUGUGUCUCUUCUUCUGUCCAACCUUAAAGUUCCUGCAAAGAACAAAAUAUAGACAAUGUUCGGCUUGUUGUGAACUCUGACCACUAGAGGGACAAGUGAGCAGACCCACCAUCUAGGAGCCAAAGUGCUGCUCAAUGUCAGAGGAUUAGAUAAAACCAGAAAAAUCCCAGUUUCUGUUUUUUCGAGAUCACAAAGACCUUCAAAACAAACAAUGUGUUUUGAUAAAUUUGACUUUUAAUGAAAGAAAAGUUAUGACAGUGAUGGUGAAGCAAGAUUCAUUCCACUUGCAAACCUACUCAUAUUAUAGGGUGAAACACAAUAAUACACACAUAAAAUAUGAAUCAGACCGUAACCCAUUGCUCCAAACCCCAAAAUGUGACAAUAACUUUGUCAUGUUAUAUAUUUAAACCUAAACAGUAGUCUGAUCUGAAACCAAAAUUUCUAGUGUAUUUCAUUUGUACAGUAAAAUGAGUUCUCCUGUUGACAUGUUGACAAAUUUUCCAGAGUAAUAACCUCCAAUAUCUUCGAAAUAAAAUCUAAGCAAGUGAUUGGAACAACAGUACACCCUCAAACAGAUCCAUCCUGCUCUUUUAGGAUGUUUCAGAGUCAUUUGAAGGGUGGUGCCGAUGUCAGCUGAAGCUGGUCACCCCAAUCAAAGACAGUGCUUGUCCAAUGAUGAUCUCAUCCUUGCGCUCCCAGUAUUUCCUUUAUGGGAAUGUGAAGAAGACACAUAGGAGCUCAGGAGACUGUUGUGUGAGCAGUGUCCUGGGAUCUGAGGUUCAUGAAGCAAAACAACAAGUCUUAGAGAGUGUGAUGCUGUCAGAGCUGUAAUUAUUUGAAAGUGGCGCCGAGAAAACAUGUCGGAUUUUAAAACUAAACCAUUUUACUAAUUUAUAAAAACAGUAUACUGAUUUUAUAACUAGAUGACAAUUUAGGUUUCUAUUUUUUGUGUCAUGAUGUUUGUCACAACCCAGUUUGAAUUUAGUUCUUUACCUUUGUUGUAUCCAGUCUCAUGUGUCCUGAAACGCCUCUCAGAAUCAGCUAACCGUCUUGUCUCUGUGCUCCCUCCCUCCCAGUGUGCUGGCCUACCAACAACCCAAUGCCAAGAAACUCCGCCGCAUUGCCCAGAAGGCUGAGCAGCUGGCAGCCAAAGGCGUGGUGCCGCGGCGGCAAAGACAGCUGCUGAACAGACGGCCGGUGGAAAGGACCGCCAAGAGGGCUGUGACUGAGGCGAACAACAACCCAGACAGAGAAUAUUACGACAUAUGGGGACAAGAAUGUGAGUGCUCAGUGGUUUUAUAUCUGACUGUGCCUGUCCGGUGAUGAUCCCAUCCUUGCGCUCCCAGUAUUUCCUUCAUGGGAAUGUGAAGACAAACUUGGAGCUCAGAUGACCGUUGUGUGAACAGUUUUCUGGGAUCUGAGGAUGCACAUGUGAAACUUUGAGCCAAAUUAUGUGAUAAGUGUGAACUUUCUGCUCUAUUAAACAUAAAUGCUUACAUGAUGAAACCUUUUUUCUUCUAAAUGUAGCGAAAGACACAGCUGACCCCUGGUACCUUCAACAGACAGGAAAGAAGCUGGUCAAGGUGAGAAAAACACUACAUAUUGUGAAAAAGGUUAUCUGUUGGUAUGACUGUGGAAGAUUGAACAAUAGAUGGGUUCAAACAAAAUGUGCCGUCACUAGGCUGCGUCAGAUUCAGAUGUAAAUACCUGAAAAUAAAAGCUGAGAUGUUGAUCUCUUGUCUUGUGUUCAACUUUUGAUGACAAUGAGUGGAGUGCACCUACCAUGUGCAGCCAUUUAAGUCUGUGUGGUGUUUUAUUAAUUGUUGAUGUUUUAACAGCGUCCAGAGAAGCUGAACGAGAAGCCAUCAGUGCUCCCUGCAGUGGAAGUGAUCGCUCCAGGAGGAUCCUACAACCCAGACUUCUUCUCUCAUCAGGUAAAGCCUGGCGUCACUCACUCAGCAUGUUUUCGUCAACAAUCAAGGCAGGCUACAGCUAUAACUAAGUUAGAGGGGUUAGUUGGACUACUGUCUUUUUAUCAGUGUUGUCAUGUGGUAUCUGACUGUUUUUCUUUCCCCUUCUCUCAAUCUGUUAACUCAGGCCCUUCUGCAGGAGGCUCACGGGGUGGAGGUCAAGAAGAAAAAGGAAGAGGACAAAAUCGAACGACAGCUGGCUGUGAACAGAGACAACAUAGCGACAGAGGUAAAGAAGAUUUCUUGACACAUACAUUAACUCAUUAUUUUAAUAAUGUUUUAAAUACUUUAAAACAUUGAUCCUGGUUUUAUCUGACGUGUUCUUUGUGUUUGUUGUGCAGGAGACAGUGUUAAGAGAGCAGGUGGAAGGACUGGUAGAAGAAGAGAACGAAGAGGAAGAUGUUCCUGAUGAGGAGGAGGAGGGUGACGUGGCUGUGGGAGGGAUAACACUGUCUGAAAAAAAGACGGAGAGACAGAGGAAGAGAGAGAAAGCAGAUAAAAUUAAGGUACACACCUACACUACUCUGCCUGAAUCAUUUAAAUUUCUUAAUGCAGAAAUAUCCGUAGACAUUUCCAUGAUGUAUCUAUGAGUUAUUUUGGGAGAGAGCAGACAUUUUUGAAGCAAUCCAAAACAAUUCAGAAAGAUAUUUCAGACUCAAUGUCCAGUUUUCUGCGUACUUGUUCUUAUUGAGGAAAAUUAGCAUUACCACAUGGCUGGGGGCACAACUGGGUCAUAAUCUGUCUGGCAGCAGAAAACACCCUGAGACAGCGCUGAUGUUGCUGGUACCCAGAGAUAGUGAUGUGUUAGCCAGUUGGUUCACAAUGGAACACUACAAACCUGAAACACCCUGGCAGCUCAGUUUACUAUGAGAGCACAUCCUGUUUUUGCCAACCUGAUAGAAAAUCAGAUGAAAACUGGAAUUCUUCAAUAAGCCAUAAAUUCCCCUCUAUUUCCCUCUCUCCUCUGCUCACAGGAGCAGCAGCGGCUCGACGACAGGCGGCUCACCGACCAGCGGCAGCAGCUCUUCCAGUUGCGCUCCAUAAAAUCCUCCAUCAAGCAGCAGGACCAGAAGACUAAGACCAGACAAGAACGACGCAAAGCCAAACAGGAGGCCCAGAAGGCUCAACCCAGACGCCUCGGCAAACUGAAGUAGGAACCUGACACACUCACUUUCAAGAGGCCACUCUGCUGCUCUAUUACUUUGCUCUUUUAUUCAUCUGAGAUACCCACAGAUGCUGCUCUGUGGUUGUUACUGUAUUGGCUUACUGUAAAGGAUUGUUUUUGUUCCCUUCCUGCACUGGUUGGGAAGUGCAGGUUGUAUUGGAUGUGGUUCUGUGUCGCUGUCAUUAGUUCAGAUCAUUUUGAUUCACUAAAUAAUGAUCAAGCUUCCUUUACAUGUGGCUCCUCUAUGUGCAGGUGUGUCUAAACUACAUAGAGAUGUAUGGUUCAGUCCACCGUAGGAAUAACUGAAGCAACCAUUGAAGUGUUUUUUUUUUUUUUUGUUGACAUGCAUUAUAUGCAGGAACAAAACAUGCAGUCUGAUCUUUGCCUGCAGUUAUCCUGCAGGGGGCAGUAUGUGGAUCUGCUUUAACAUGCUGCUCUUUAUUUGCAGGUUCCAGGCUGAGGACCUGGAGGUGAAGCUCAGUGAUGAGAUGGUCGGUUCCCUGCGACAACUCAAGGUACUUCAUCAGCUCUUCUCGUUUAACUUCCUGAUCCGGUUUGACCCCAGAGAGGGAGGACGCUGAGUCUUUAUCUGUAAUGAGUUCUGGCUCAUUAAGUUGGCCUUAUCGUCUUUCUGACUCUGUAUUGUCUCAUUCUGAGCUCUGUCUUUUUCUUUGACGCUGCUCACUUUCAGCUCUCAUGGGGAUCAUUAGACUUUCAUUUUACAUCCAGUGAGAAACUGCAGCUCUGCUCUCGUAUCACAUGUCAUUACGUCUCUGAAUGGUACUUAAAUCAGGCUUUGUGGUGUGAAUGGGGUCUUAUGAUUUGAGUGGGAAUUGAGUCAAAGCUCAGUCACAUUUGACUCACAUGAGUUUCUCUUGUAAUGCUGUGACUCUGCAGCCAGAGGGCAGUGUGCUCAAGGACCGGUUUAAGAGUCUGCAGAAGAGGAACCUCAUCGAACCAAGAGAAAGAGCCAAGUAAGGACCUGAGCCUCUUAUGUAACAUGUCAUCACACAUUCACAGCGAUACACACAUCCACAAGGUGUCCAUUGAUUUUAAAAACGUGCCCCUCUGCUCCCACCUUCUUCUUUCCAUUAGGUUCAAGAGGAGACACAAGCUGAAGUAUACAGAGAAGAGGGCUUUCAGAGAGAUCACUUAAUGCUGCUGACCCACAGACCAGCAGCUGGACUACACAUAGCUGGACCACAAACCAGACCUAAUGGAACUAUGUAUAUACAGGUUAAGAAAAGUUGAGGACCCUUUUUGACCUUUUCACACAAAUACAGUCAGUAAUAAAUAAAUAAAGCCGUGCAGUGAUUUCACUUCUCUGGUGUGUGUCAAACACCUUCUCUGGCAUUUCAGUGUUAUGUAAUGCGAUCCCUGCAGGGAAAGGUUUCCUAAGGAUUCAUAGUAAACAGCUGGGUCUGCCGAG